CCCAUGCUGCGACCGCACCCAAAACUAGUAGCCGUCUCUGACCGCCGCGCCUGCGGCAUCCCACAAAUACACGGGCCGCGCCGCACGUCGGAACGGCGCGACAUGGCCAUUGUUAAGCCGCGACCUCGCCUCGCGUUUCUUGCAAUCCCAACAAGCAAACCGUCUCAUCUUCUUCUUCCUCCUCCUCUGAUCUUCUCCUCCUUGUCAUGCGAUCGAGCUUUGCUCUGCUCUGGCAAUGGCGAUGAACAAGCUAGUCGGCGCCGCGGUGAGGCGGCCUGGGUGGGCCGACCUCCCGCGGGACCUCCUCGAGUCCGUGCUCGGCCGCCUCCCCGUGCCGGACCGCCUCCGCUUCCCCGGCGUGUGCACGGCGUGGCAGUCGGCUGAUGCGGCCUCCGCCACCGCACGGUUUCGCGCCGCGCAGCCGCCGUGGCUCAUGCUCCCGUUCAACCCGACGGCGCGCAGGCAGAGCCCGAGCGGCGGCGGCGGUGGGGAUGGUAGGUUCUUGGAGGCGAGGUUCUUGAGCCUCUCCGAUGGCAGGGCGUACGCCAUCCCGCAGCCGGCGCCGCCGGUGUCUGAGCGGCUAUGUGUUGGCUCGUCCGACGGGUGGCUCGUCACCGCCGACGCCGCCUCCGAGCUCCACCUCCUGAACCCGCUCACCGGCGCGCAGGUCCAGCUACCCUCGGUCACCACGCUGCCCUUCGUCGACGCCAGCCGCGACGCCGACGGCCGUGUCGCGAGCUACGACCUCCGCUGCUGCUUCGGCGAUGGAGACAACGACGGCGACGAGGUGCUCGUCCCGCCGGAGUCGUUCGCGCCGGACAGGCUCAGGUACGAGCUCUACGAGAAGGCCAUCCUCGUUGCACCGCCGCGGAGGCAGACGACGCCGCCGGGGUCUUGGGGCGGCUACGCCGUGCUGCUCAUCUGCCAGCCACUGUACCGUCUCGCCAUUGCCAGAGCAGGGGACACGAAGUGGACUCUCCUCGACAUGCCAUCACGAUGCUGGGUCGACGCCGUGCGCGCCGCCUCCGCCCCCGCCGCCGACGGGCACCAAGCGGUGUACACGCUGGACUCCGUGGGUCGCGUCGAGGCAUGGGACAUGGACGUCACGGCGGCGGGCACGACGCCGCCGCCGCCCAGGGAGAUCGCGCCGCCGUGCUGCUGCUCCGGCCGCGCGUGCUCCAUGUCGAUCCCCUGCAGCAAAUACCUCGUCGAGCUCUCGCCGGGACACCUGCUCCAGGUGCACCGGCUCAGGGACAAGGCGCACGCGCGGUCCAAGUGGGAGCCCCGGCAAGAACGCGUCGAGUACACCACCGUCAAGGCCGAGCUCUUCGAGUGGAACGCCGCCGGCGGCGGCCAUGGCGAGUGGGCGCGGGUGGACGGCGCCGGCGCCGGCAUCCUCGCCGGGCGCGCGCUGUUCUUGGGCAAGAGCGCGUCGCUGUGCGUCCCGGCGGAUUGCUGCCCGGAGGUGAAGGGCAACUGCGUCUACUUCACCGACGACGGGCCAUGGUCGCACGAGAGGUGCCACGAGGUGGUUCCCGACGUCGGCGUGCUCGACCUCGCCGACGGGAGCUACAAGGUGCCACGCGGCGCCGUGCGCGACCUGCUCUGGAAGUGGCCGCCGCCGGUGUGGGUCUUCCCUUCCUGCACCAACUGACGAACGCCAAUCCGUCAGUCUGAAUUCUGAAAUGUUCAGAGUUUUUUCCUUUUUUUCAGACAAAGUUCAGAUAUCUUCAUUUCUUCAGCAUCUGCAGCUCAACUUUUUGUUGACCUGCUUGCUGCUUGUAAAAAGUUUUUUUAGCUUCCGAAUGCGUGGGUGAGGUCAACGUCUUGUUGACCUGUUUGCAAUAAGUUGUAAAAAUGGAUGUGCUUGUCAGUGUGAGAACGAGGUCAAUCUCUGGUUGACCUCUUGUAACAACAAAUUGCUAGUUGUGGCCAAGACAGGUUGCCCUGUCAGGAUCACAAUGUACUAAUCUGGUUCAUUAUUCAA